AUGGCCACUGCGAAGUUCGCUGUGGCCCUCCACGCUGGGACAAGCGAUACCUGGAACAACGACGCAGUGCAUCAGCAAGAGGUCGAAAAGAUACUCAAGACUAUCGCUGAGACAGCUGGGGCAAAGCUUUCCUCCGGUGCAAAAGCUAUUGAUGUUGUCCAAGCGGUCGUGACGUCUCUCGAAGAUUGCCCUUUAUUCAAUGCCGGCAAAGGAGCCGUACUCAAUAAGGAUAGUGAACAUGAGCUGGAGGCCGCAAUCGCGGAUGGGACCUCGGGAGCCUACGGCGCCGUAGCGGCUACACGAAACAUCAGGAAUCCUAUUGAGGCUGCUCGUGCAGUAAUGGAACAAGGACAACAUUCCUUUCUUGUAGGCCCUGCAGCAGAUGAAUUUGCUCGCAAGUCGGGAGUCACUAUGGUAUCGAAUGACUACUUCACCACUGCUACGAAGAAGGCUCGCUGGGAAGCCCGAGCCCGCAAAACGCUCGGCCCUCCUGAGGAUCUUGAGACAGUCGGGGCCGUUGCACUUGAUCUCCAUGGGAACCUCGCAGCUGCUAGCUCUACUGGAGGACUGACUGGUAAGAUGAAAGGAAGGGUCGGAGACACGGCUAUCAUCGGAGCAGGUCUGUCUGUGGACCAGAAUGUAGCUGUUAUUUGCAGCGGUGCUGGAGAAGACAUUCUGCGUCACUCUGUUGCUGGCAAGGUUGCCGCCUUGCCAGGGACCGAAUCACUCAGUGAGACUAUGGCCCAAGUCAUCCUCAAGAAAGCUGAGAAAGCGCCUUCCGCAUGCGCCAUCCUUGCUCUCAAUUCUAUGGGUCAUAUUGUCGUCGAAUCAAGUGGGCGCGUCUUUCCGACCGCGUCUUGUACCGCAUCUUCUUUGAAGUCAUCGAUCCUGCCAACCACCCUCCAUAUCCUUUCGCAACAUGUUAUUCAUCAAGAUGCCCUUAUAAUUGCUGGAUUGACUCGCUAUCCAAUAACUCCUUCCCAUGCUGUUGUCAUUUGCCGUGGAGUUGGCGAACUAAUGUCACUAUCUCUACCCACAUUCUUGAAGGUCAUGCAUACUGUGCGUCAGGUCUCUGCAACACUGAAUUCUGGUUUGUCUACUCACCGCUGUGGCAUGACUUGUGACGGUAGCGGUGCUCUCUCUCUAAUCCCUCUACAUGGCAUUAGCAAAGACUGGACUGCAAUCGUCCACAACCAAGAGGAAUAUAAUGCCUUAUAUCCCGGCUACCUUACAUCAAAGAAUGGGCCAAAGAUGGCAGACGCUUUUCUUGAGGAAAUGCGCUUUCGUAUUGCCGCUACCACGGGCAUUGCAGAGCCUUUCAACAAUUAUUUCGAUGGUGAAGCAUCAAACCAGAACAUCUUUGCCCGAAUCAUCCGGGGAGAGGUACGUCAAUCGCGUAUCUGGGAAAAUGAAGCCUAUGUUGCCUUCCUGACGCCAUAUGGCAAUACCCCCGGAUUCACAGUACUUGUUCCACGCAAGCAUCUCGGCAGCGAUAUCUUUGGACUCGAAGAUGAGGAUUAUAAAAACAUUGUUAAAGUUGCUUACAAGGUCGCUCAGUACCUAAAGGAAGCCUUUGGCGUCAAGCGCUGCGGUAUUUUCUUCGAAGGCUACGAGAUUAACUAUGCCCACGUAAAAUUGAUCCCAGUGCAUGAACAAUUCACAUCCCAGGGGCAGCUUUUCACCCCCAUAGCUGCGCCUACAUCUUUUGAAACCAUUUACCAAGGAGUCCUCACGACGCAGUUUGGCCCGCCUGCGUCUGACCUCAAAUCGAUCGGCGUCCACGCGAAGCAAUUGCGUGAGCUUCACGUCCAACGAAAUCGAAUUGUGGCACCCAAAACAUGGCAGCAACCUAGUACGCACUCCAUGGGAGCUCUGCAGAGUCCUUGGUACACCGCUGUGUUCGCCCUCCAAGACACUCUUUUCCAUGCGACAAUAAAUUUCUUCCACAGUCAAUUAGGAUACAAGUACACCUUAGUCCCUGUAACCACAGAUUCCAUCAGCUCACCCAUGGGUCCCGGAUCGGACUCCCAGCCCGUGCAUGUAGCCCUCUCUGGUCAGGACACUUUCCUUGCUGAUUCCAUGCAGUUCACUCUCGAAUACGUUCUUCGAAUUGAGGAUGGGCUCAAAGGGGCCUACCAUGUUGGUUGUUCAUUUCGUGGUGAAGAUACUGACCACAUGCAUCUAAAUCAGUUCUAUCACGCUGAGUGCGAGAUGCUUGGAACCUUGAACGACGGUAUCGAGGUGGCAGAACGCUACAUCAUCGCGGUCACUCGCGCUAUCUUAGAGAAAAACGUCGACAUUAUCCGCGCCGUCGCCGGUAACACCUCUCAUAUGGACGAUCUUCUCUCCCUAGCCAACAGCAACGGUGGCCAUCUUCCGCGCAUCCGUCUUGCUGAUGCCUUGUCGCUCCAAGAAAUGGUCAAUACCGCUCACGCGUGGGAAUAUGCUGUCCCGACCGAUCACAGCAAAGGCCGCGCUCUUACACGCACGGGCGAGCGAAUCUUGAUUAAGCACUUCGGCGGCGCUGUCUGGCUUACCGAAAAAGACCACCUCAGCGUACCUUUCUACCAGGCCUUUGUCCCCCACACUAACAAUGCGAAAGCGCUUUGUGCGGAUCUUUUGUUGGGGCCGGGUGAGAUAUUAGGACUUGGUCAACGUCAUGCAGAAGCUACUGAAGUGAGGGAGGCUCUCACAAUGCAUCAAGUGCGCCAGGAUAAAUACGAGUGGUACUUGGAUAUUCGGGAUGAGCAGAAAGGCGGCAAAUACUUGCAAACAGCGGGGUGGGGGAUGGGAAUGGAGCGGUUUUUGGCUUGGAUCAUGAAGCAUGAUGAUAUCCGCGACAUGGCUAUUAUUCCACGCAUGAAGCGUAUGAAGUUUGCUCCUUGA